AUGUCGGACAGUGACACAUACGUCGACGUGACGGAUGAUAGAACAAGAAUUGUGAAAAAACAAAGUGAAAAAGUGACCGACACUCUUUACAAGAAGGGGUUGAUCGUCAGUGACCUAAGAAGGUAUCUCACCAGCACCGGUGGAACUUCCGGUAAGCUUCAGGACAACCCGAAGCUUCAUAAACCUGGGAUGCCUCUCCGCACUAUUGUAAACGGCCGUAAUCACCCGACAGAGAAGAUGGCGGAAAUAGUGGAGAAUGAAUUGUGCGAUCAUGUGACGUCACUUCUGUCGUAUGUGAGAGACACAACCAACUUUCUAAACAAAAUAGCACAGAUACAGCAGCCGUUACCAGACGGUACCAUCAUAUAUUUUUUGGAUGUAAAGGCUUUUUACCCCAGUCUACCAAGAGAAGAGGCCCGUGCUGCAGUAACUGAAGCUCUCAAUCGGCGAGUGCAACCGGAAGUACCAACCAACGACAUGGUCAUAAUGAUGGACACUGUCCUAAAUAACAACACCAUUUCAUUCAAUGGAGACCACUACAUGCAAAAUGAAGGAACUGCCAUAGGAUCGCAAUUAGGUAUGAACUACGCGUCGACCUAUAUGGGAGCCUGGGAGUAA